AUGGAUGCCACCGACUCCUUCCUAUCCAACGCGAAAUAUGGAUAUGACUUUGUCGUUUCCACCACCCAGGCGAGCAUCAAUUCGGAUCUUCUUCUUUUCUUGAGCGAGAGCCAGCAGCCCGUCCAAUACCUCUGCUUCCUGGCCGAUGAGAAUUCCAACCCCACGAAUAUGAUAACUUUGGACGAGUUACUCAAGCUCACGGACAACAUCAAUCCGUUUGAUAUUCCUAAGGGAACGGAUUACGCGGACGCGAAGAUCACCAAGCUUACGGCCGCCAGGUUCAUGGUGGGUAUUCAGAUCCAAAUGGGGUUGCCGCCCGGUGUUAUGCCAAAGAACCUUCCUCCUAUUGUUGAUCUCGGAGACGAUGCCAAAACUGUUAAGUUCAACAUGUUCUGCUCACAGUUUACCGUGAUUGAAAAUACCCCUGGCAAUGGGUGGACCCCGGGAACAUGGAAUGUCUGGAGCCAGCCGUCCGGAGAUCCGUGGUAUGUGCAAGUGAACGUCGACCUUGUUGUGGCCGACCUUGACAAGGAGCUGGACACUCCGUACCUGAACAACCAUCCGGAACUGAAGGCCCAACUGAAGGCUCAGCUUAUGAAUCUGUCAAGUACGGCCUUUAGCUUGCAGCAGCUAGUGUUUGAUCUGGACAAUGCUGUCUUGCAGACAGUGCCUCGGUUUGAGGGCAUCCCGGCAGGCUCUCAGGCAGAGGGCAUACUACAGCGGUCGUUUGUAUCCACCUACAGUGACAUUGCAAAAAGCUUCGGACUGCCUCUGGUCUCAGUUACUGCCGUCACGGGAACCCCUGAUACUUCACAGCUGCAGAUGACCAGCUUUGAAAGACAGGUCAGCCCUCUCAAGGACAAGAAUGGCGUUGUGAUCCCUAGUCCGAGUGAUUUGCAGAAGUCUGCCACCACACUUGACCAUCUCUGUGCCAUUGACAACAAACCGCUUCCCGGCGUCUCAAGCUUCAACUGGAACUGGGUGCUACCCGAGAACAUCAACGACAAGAGCGGUGUGGUUGCGAUCAACCGGAACAUCAUUGCUCAGAAUAUAUUUGACCAAUUAAGGCCCGCCGCUCAAAGCUGCUGUCUGCGCAUAGAACCUGAAGUUCAUGCCGAUUGGUACUGGGCCACAGGGAGCUUCGAUGUGGACAUAUAUGGAGACCAGACCCCCGAUACUGCCCAGGUCACCGACAGCGGCUCCAAAGUGGCCCUGAUUCAGUACUCUUGUGCUAAAAGUGACGACAGUCAGUCAGGCGCAACGUAUUGUGUCCUCGAUGUGACAUCGAGCUACACCUGCGAGGUGUACUUCGAGGAGCAAACCAUCACUGUGAAGCAGCACCUUCUCGUAUCUCUCCAUGCUCGAGUUGACUGGGAGUGGGGAGAUGCCAACGUCUUCGACAAAACAAUCACCGAUGAAUAUACCAUUUCAGUAGACGACUAUGGUCGUCUCAAGAUUGCCCGGACCAAGUCAACACCAGAGGACAAUUCAACUGACACCGACUUGAAUUUCUGGAACAAUCUCUUCUCUGGUAUCAAUGGGGUCUCCGAUAAGAUCAAGGAAAAGGUUACCUCGUUUGCAGCCUCUGAGAUGAAACCAACUACUCUUGAUGGAAUUCAAAACUUCGUCUUCCCAGGGGGUAAGGUGUUUACUUACAAAUCCCCCUGUUUCUCGGCAUAUCAAGACCUAGGGUGCGACAUUGUCUACGUUGACCCUGCCAGCAGUUUGAAAUCCCGAAGGGGAGUUAGGAAAGCGCUGGAGCCCUCUGAACCCACUCUAGGAUUGGCAUCUUCAUCCGAUAUGAUGUUGAACUACGUUCAGGGUGAAAUUGUGUCGCCGACAAACAAAUUUGAAGCGCUACAGACACAGGAUGGCCAUGCACUCGUAUUUGCAAUUGACUCAUCCGGGGUAUUCCACGUCAUUCAGGAGCAGAGCGGCUUGACAAGCACCGGAUGGCAGCUUCAUGAUCUAUCCACCGCAGUCAUUGAAGCUUACUUCCCGGGGAAAGCUGAUGCUGUGGUCCGAACAUUUGAUGUUGGCCAAAGUGCAAUCGAUGGCACUAUUAGUCUAGCAAUGGCUGUCUCUUCUGGUGGAACGGAUAAUCUAUUCAUGUCGUUGUUAAACCCCAGCGGAGAUACCUCCUGGGUUGACAGUCCACGCUGGACCCACGUUCCCUUCGAUGCCGUGACCGAGUGGCCUGACACUAUCACCAUCACUGGCAUUCUGUUUGCUGAGCUGUCCUCGUCUCAAUACUUGAUCGUUGACUUGGACCGUCUCAAUGAUUCUGCAGUGAAGAACAUUGUGCGCUAUUACAUCGACCCAUCCAAAGAAACCGGGUGCUUUUGGGUGAAACAUGACGUGCCAGUGGAUAUCGAAGAUGGCAAUUACCAGAGCUGCGUUGGCCGGGUCAGCAAUGCCUGGUCCGACGGUGUGUACACACUGGGGACCGCUCAUGACGCUCCUCAGCUUGUGUAUAUGCCUUUAUUCAAUGACUUUGGGCCAGGACCUGUUGCUCCACGCCGACUUUCUCUCCCUGGCUCACAGGUUCCCUCGGCGAUCACGACUGCACGCAAUGGGGAUAAGUCGUCCAGUUUACUUGCAACAACAGAUCUCUACGCCAUUAGCGGCUCAUCGCUUUACUAUUUCGCUGCCAACGCACAAACUGAUGGGGCAACGGCGAUCCCCCUCAUCACCAACGAUUUUCUUUCUGGAACCGACACUCUGCUCUCCAUGAUGAGUGAUGGGGUGACUACCAUUUGGGGCAAGAAUAGUAGCAACGAAGUCUACUAUGUCUCUUGUCUCAACACGGAGUUGACAAAGCCUGGGUCGUGGAGUACACCAGUCCCCAUUUUGACAAGCAUCGAGCGGAUAUCUGCUUACGUCAAUCGGAUAGAUGGGGGGAACACCAUAUUCGCGUCAGGCAGUGGACGGCUCUUCGUACUAACUCAGGCUACGAUCACCGAUGCCAAAGUGUGGCAAGCACAAGAUAUCAAGCUGGCAGCCCCUGUAACAGCGGAACCGCUGUCCUUCACCUCUUACACCACGAAUAUACAGGUAACGGACACAGAGAAAGAUGCACCACCUGGCAAAACCACCCUGAGCAUUGCCGCCGAGGUUCGCACUCCCGUCUAUAUGAAUGGACUCUACUAUGUGCUGGGACCCGACCCCGUCAAAGUGACCACGGACGCCGGUGGGUCAUUGUCUGUGAUUCAGGCAACCCAGGACCUCAACGCGGUAACCAUCACCGCCACACUUGAUGGUGGAAGCGUGGGCACUGUGGUCAAUCCGAUGGAUAAAUCGUUCCAGAAGCUCACUAGCCUGGAUUCCGCGGACUCGCUUCGCGCUGCAAGCUUCCCGACUAAUACCAUUGCCGGGGGUGUUCUUGAAGACACCUCGUCUACGCCUCUCGUGGCCCCCUCGACUGACGAUGACGAUGUCAAAACAAUCGCUUCCCACAUGACCAAUCUCCAGACCCUGUAUAACAAGGCCCCGUCAAAGAGCGUAUUGGUUUUCAAACAUAUGAACAGACAAAGACGCUCGGUUCUGCGGCCCGUCUCAUCGACAGUCCCGGCACAACGGGUCGUUCCCUCGACAAGAUUUCUCGUCUCUCGCAACGUGACCGGUAUUCUAGACGAUAUCGCCAUCGCAGCCGGUGACCUCUUUCACUGGCUCAAAUCAGGAGUAGAAGCUGUGAUAGACAUCGUGCGUGACGCUGUCAGCGAUACCUGGCACUUUAUCGCCACCAUCGCCGGUAAGGUAUACCGUGCAGUCUUAGACACCGUGGACGCCAUUGUGGGGGCCGUCGAGUGGGUCUUUAAUGCGAUAAAAACCGCCAUUGAGGAUCUGAUUCACUUUAUUGAGUUUCUCUUCAGCUGGAACGACAUCAAGAGGACCAAGAAUGUGCUCCAUAACGUGGUCAAACUGUACGUGCAGAAUCAGGUGGAUCAAAUCCCCCGGGCUAAAGCCGCCUUCGAUGCCCACGUUGCAGAGGCCGAGCAGACGUUGGGAAAGUGGGCAAAAACCGACUGGACCCCAAUCGGCUCUGCUGCCAGCCAGCCAGCAUCGGGUAAUACCUCUAACCCAGCCAAGGGUCAGACCUCGGGCUCGCGUUUGCUGGCGGACCACUUCCAGAAUCAAGUUCAUCACGUUAGUAUCCUGGGUGAUCUCCCGUCGCAGGAUACUGUUCAGAGCCUCGUUGAUCGACUCUUGACUGGGCUAUCCAACGAAGGUGCCGUCCUCGGACAAGUAUACAGCCAACUUCGAGACCUUGCUAGUCAGUUCAGCAGCCUAAACGUGGGUGACGUCCUCAAGAAGCUUGCCGUGAUAUUAGCCGACGGCGUGUUGUCCAGUGCCCAGGUGGUGGUUGAUGCCUUACUGGAUGUCCUCCAAAGUGUUGCAGAAUCAGCUACCGGCCUCUUGGAUACAAAGAUGCAUAUCCCAAUCAUCUCGGACAUCCUGAAUGCAAUUGGUGUUCCUGACAUCAGUUUCCUUGAUCUAUUCACCUGGAUCGCCGCCGUUGGAUACACUGUGGUUUACAAGAUCGCAAAUAAUGAAGCCCCCUUUCCCGAUACCAGUGAGGUUGGCGCCAUUAUUUCUGCGUCAAGCUGGGAUGAUCUGACGGCUUUGUUUCAGCCAAAGUCUGUCAAGAAGGUCAACAGUAUAGUAGGACGCACUGCAACUUCGGCAUUGAUCACCCUCCCACAGGCCGUGCAGAGCGCACUCUUCAUUGCCUCCCACGCCACCGCUGGAUUUAUGCUUUUUGUCGGCGACAUCGUGGGCUCUCUAGAAGCAGAGAUCAUAGCAGGCGAGAACCCGUUCUCGAUUCCUUCUGCUGUCCUGGGAGUUAUCGUCGCUGCGUUCGAAGGUGGCGGCAAUGCCCUGGUCCCGAAAGCCCCGAUUGAAAACACCGCCGUCAAAGUCAUCUCCGACGUAACGACCGCGGCUACUGUCACCAGCAAGAUUGUUUUCAGCGGCCCCGUUCAGAGCAAGCUCGCAGCAUCCAGCAGCAAGUUCUCUGGACUCGCAGUCGACGAUGGCCGUGCAACGGGCGCAAUUGUGAACUCUAUCCUGAUUAUUCCUGCGUUAUUUGUUACCGGAUGGCACUUCUACGAGUUGAAUGGGAAGCCGGAGGGAGCUGAACGAUCUGCUGCGAUUGUGGGUGAGGUGUCGAGUCUGACCUCGUACAUCUCCCGUGUGUCAUAUGCUGUGGCUGUCAAUGACAUGGAUCCCUCAACUCGACAGAUUCCUAUCGGUGUUAUGGCGGUCAGUAACCUCGUUGAUGCCGGAUUACAGACGGCCGAGUCUAUGAUUCACUAG